GCAGACGGCAAGGCACCUGGUGUGCCCUCUCCGCAAGUAACCUGUGAGCUUUGGACCUGGAUCCCACCCAGCAGCCAUGAUAGCUCAUGGAUCCAGACUGCUGUGCUUCUUCCUCGUCCUCAUCCUCCUUUGCUGCCUCUCACUGCCGGUUUAUCACCUUUUGGGAAUCCAGAAGCAGUACCCUACACCCAGUCCUCAGCGGAAUCUCAGCAUCUUGCUUUGGCACUGGCCUUUCGGACGGUCCUACAGUCUCACCGGGGACAAAUGCCUUGAGAUGAGUGGCAUUGGCCACUGUUUCCUCACUGAUGACAGAUCCGCCUACCCCACCGUGGAUGUGGUUGUGUUCCACCACAAGGAGCUGAGCAAUGGCGCAUCGGCUCUGCCCCUGGACCUCCGUCGUCCAGCAGCCCAACACUGGGUGUGGCUGUCUCUGGAGCCUCCAGUUAACAACGCAAACAUCAAGCAGCUCGGUGGUGUCUUUAACUGGACAAUGAGCUACAGGAGUGAUGCAGAUAUACCUAUUCCUUAUGGAAAAACCCUUCCAGAAGAUGGAAUACAUGGCUUUCAAAGAACUUCAAACCAUUCCUGCUUUGCCAGCUGGGUGGUGAGCAGAUACAAGCCCAACCAGACUCGUGCUUAUGUUUACCAGAGUCUGAAAAAGUACAUCCCCAUCGAGCUGUAUGGAGGGUGGAACAAGAAGCGUCUCCCAGAUGAUAGACUGCUGCCCACCAUCUCAAAAUGCCUAUUUUAUCUGUCCUUUGAAAACUCUGAGUCAAAGGACUACAUCAGUGAGAAGCUGUGGAGGAAUGCUUUCCAAGCAGGCGCUAUUCCAGUUGUUCUUGGCCCCAGUAGGGCCACCUAUGAGGCUGUGGCUCCGCCUCACUCCUUCAUCCAUGUGGCUGAUUUUACAAGUGUAGCAGAACUAGCUGCCUACCUGAAAUAUGUGGCUGCAGACAAGCAAGCCUAUGAGGGUUACUUCAAGUGGCACCAAACUCACAGGAUCAAAACCUAUACUGACUGGAGAGAAAGGCUCUGUCAGAUCUGCCUAAAAUACCCCCGUUUACCCAGCCUGAAGGUUUACCAGGACCUGGAGGGCUGGGUUAACAGCUAACACCCCCAUUCCUCUUGCUGCCUCCAGGCAACAGUGCAAACAUUGUGCAAGGUUUCACACUGUCUUUGGUCAGCCAUGCAGGCCUGGUAAACAGGAAAGGAGUCAUAACAGAUCUCUGUGGUUGACUGGCUUAGAUGUAUCAGAAGGCUGGAGAGAGAAGAGACACAUCUUCUAUCGACAGUGACACGUUUGCUAUAACCGAAUCAGUCGAGCAGAAAAUUCAUUGAAAUCUCUUUGCCAAUUAUUGGAGCCAGACCUCAGGGUGAUGUGGAACGGGAGAGGUUUGGAAAAUUUCUAAAUAAUUUUUUUAUUUUUUUUAUUUUAUGCUGUUUCCACGUUUAUGAUAUUAGAAAAGAGACAAAAAAAAGUCUACUGUCAAAAAUGAUCCACCAUAUUACUGUCGAUGUUGCUCUGGGAUGGGUUAUGUCAGCAACUUACGGUCCGGUUCUUCUUAUUAAAGCUUCUUUUUGAAUUUAGAUUAUUUAUUAGCAUCAUUUUAUAGCAAGCUUAUAACAAGCUUUGGAAAGGAAAACUGAUGCAAUUGAAAAGCAGCAACAUGCAGUACAAGAUUUACAUUAAAUCAGCGAUCCAGCUAUUUUUUUCUCUGCUCACAUAUUACUCUGCUGAAUGAACUUUAAGCUCAGUGUGACAGAAUCCUUCUCGCAGCUCAUCAAGUAUGCUUUAAAAAUAAAACAGCUAAUUUAAUAGCCGGUAUUUUGACUUUUCCGGAGCAUGCUGAUUGUCAAGUAGAAUGAGUGCAAAACCAGAACUUCAUAUGAACAGAAUCAAGUACUUUUUCACACACUUGUUUCCCCUCCUCAUUUAGGUCAAAAUCUCUGCAGUGAAUGAGAAAUUAAACUUAGAAUAAAAGCUUGAAUCUACCCCACCUCAACCAUUUCUGUAAAAAGAUAAGUAACUGACCAUUAAGUCCCUAAGCUGCUUGAGCUCCAACAACAGGAUCAUUUCUCCCCCUUUACAUCUGCGGAUGCUUUCUGAACUGUUGGCCGGCUGAUAACAUCAAGAACAAUGGCCUCUGGAGAGUGUUCACGGAAAU